CGUCCAUGCAAGGCGGCGCAUUCCCACAUUGACCUCGACUCGACGAUGAAGCAUCCCUUGUACGGUGGCGCGCUUUCUUGCGAAAUUCCGCGAGGUUUCGCCGAUGUGAGUGAGUUCCGACAGGUUCCAGACAACCAGGAAGUGUUUGCGGAAGCGGCGACCGACCGCUGCAUCAUUGUGGAGCUGUUGGAGCUGGAAGCGUCCGUGAGCGGCACAGCAACUUCCGAGUUCUACUUCCAUGAGAUCGCAGAAAGCAACAAUUGUGCACCGAAUGACUGUACCAUCUUGCAGACGUUACUGGCGACUGAACAAGACAUCCCAGGCCUUGCCACGACGGCAUUUGUUACGAUCGGCAAGCAAUGUGUUGCCAAGUUCAAGGAGGCGUCCAAGAACACGAUGCAAUUGUACGUCUGCUGCGUGCGCCUGCCAAAUGUCUCGACCGACCUUGUCAUCUCCGUGACCGUUCCCUUGCAGCUCCAUCCGAGCAGCAGCAGUUCGCGUGAUGCUCCGAUUGCCACAAACGCCGAUGAAGGCCAGCUCAUUCUCAAGGGUCUUUUGCGCACGCUCGAGGUGCACGACUGGGGUCUAUUUCAGUGAGCAAGUUCCUUGAGCUUGUCAUCGACCACGUAGCGGCCAAGGAGCUCGCGAGGACAGUUUGCAGCAUAUACCAGACUAAUUCGAAGCACAGCAUUCGGUUUUCAA